AUUUUUUGACAACCAAUCAAUUCACAAAUAAGCUGUGUAGGAUAGACUUGGUUUUUUUUUUUAUCAAAUGUGAUAUAUUUUGUUCAUCUUCCUAAUUAAAUGUAGAAAUAAUCCUUCAAAUAUUUGGAUGCACAUAUUGUGACGAAGCAGCCAUGAAAUUUGGUAUAGGUGGACCGACUCUGAUAUUGGCCUUAUUUCUAAUAGAAACAUGCAUUGCACAGAACUUGACAACAGAAAUACUCCCCACCAUAACAGUACCCGGUGGUGAUGAAAAAUGUGCGAGUUAUUAUGGCGCCAUCAGCAACUGCUCCGAGACGUUUACUGUACGAAUGAUAGCCGAUCCAAGCAACAAGGCUUUCGUUUGCAGUGAGUUAAGAACACUCUCAUCGUGCCUCAACGUGAUUCUGCAGGUCUGCUAUAAGGAGGAUCUAUACACACAAUAUACCAUUUUCAAAGGUAUUGCGGAUGCGUGCGGAUGUACCCCGGUAUCUACAGGUAAUAGAGUGUCGGACAACAGCAUCCUGUUCAUUCUGGGUUUAAUCAUUUGUGAAUAUAUCUGUAUGUACAUGUACUGACGUUCAAGAAGUUUUCAAUUUCAUAAGAGUUGACAAUAGUUUGACUGUUCAAAAACGCCCUAUCUAUAUUUCGAUAUAUUUUUAAAAUGAAUUGAAUAUAUAUCUCUGUGCAUUAAUCCAAAAUGCAGACAACAACCAUGUUUGGUGAUAGGAAAUAAAUGCAGUAUCACUAACUUUCUUCAAAUGUUUUUAUUUUAAAUCAAAGAUCUACAUGCUACACUGUACGUGUAUUUGAGAAUGGAAGCCCAUUUACUAUAAGAUGAAUAAAAAAUAUUUUUGUUUUAAUUUUGAAAUAACGAGUUUCAUUAUUUUGAAUUUAAUUCUUAUUUCAAAUUUUAAAACUCGGAUAAAAGUUAUAACGAAUUCUAAAGUUUGAAAUAACGAAUUCAAUAGGAAAUAACGAAAUUAAUUCUGAAAUUCUUAUUUCAAAUCAAAAAUAUAGUUUUGAUAGGUCCUAAAUGGGCUUCCGUUCUCAAGUGAUCUCAAUGAUGUCGAAAUGAAAUAUACCCGUACAAGGGGAAAGGUUGAAGGAUGACAAAUUAAAAAUAGCCAAUCAGGGUCGUCCCAAGAAUAAAGAACUGCGCCGGAGUGAUGAAACCGUAUGAAAAGUACCGGUUACAAAAUUUUAUCACUAAUUAGAAAAAUAUAAGCACUAGUCAGAAAAGAAAAUCAAUAAGUUAGAGAUCGAAUGCUCAGCAGUUAGAAUUUUUUUUAUCAUUUAUUAGAAAAAUAUGUGCAACAGUCAGAAAAAUAUUAUUCUCAAUUGGAAAAAAUAUAGCAACCAGUUUGAAAUAUGUAAUCACCAUUUGAAAGAUAAAAGCAAUCGUCACAUAGAUACGGACUAUUUUUUAAAAAUUAUACAUUUCGUUACCGUGUAACUAUCAUCGACAAAUACAUUUCAUUUUUAUCAUAACGUGUAUUAUGUUCUUUGAACAUUUUUAUUCGCACCAAAAUAGGGUAAAUUACAUUUGGAACGAUUCCAAAAUGGUUUAGCAUACAUGAACCCCUGGGAGGUUUCCAUUAGAGAUGUUGUAACCUGCGAUCACCAGCUGAUGUGCCUUGUAUUAAAAAAACCCACAACGAGUUGAUGCCAAAGUUGUUCGUGCAGUUCAUCGAUUGAUAUUCAGAUCACACACAAAUCAUUUAGUCGUUUUGAGAUUCUUUUAGUGUGAUGCUACAAUUACAAAAUAUGGGAAGGUGGACAGUGAUAGCGAGUCGACAGUUUGCCUCCCUUCCUCUUUUUCCCUUUCCUACCAUCUCUCUUCUCCCAUCUCCUCCCUUCCAUUCUUUCUUUUCCCCUCCUUCCUGUACUCCCGUCUCUCUAUCUCGUCUACUGCACGUACAUCUGACAUCACCAUUGAAAGGGCAUCAUAAAAUACAACAUACUGAUGUCAGCGUAUCUCUAAAGAGAAUCGUACUCAUUCCUUAGUAUGAUGGCCGCGUGUCUACGGGAGGUAAGAAUUAUAUUUGUGCAUCUUUAAGUUACAAAAAACAUUCAUGUAUUGAUAUUUGUAAUUUUAAUGAUUUUACCUUCGAUACUUUUUCAAAUUCUAAUGAUACCUUUUUCUUGAGGAAUGUGUUACACCGGCAUAAUCUCACGAUCCGCUAACACGCUUCAUGAAGUCUGCAAGUGUGAAGUGUCGCAGUUCAUGUCCUCAUGUAUUUUUUUAAAUGAAAUUUAUUUCUUUUAAAAUUGACAUGCUCUAGAAUGAACACUGCAUCAUUAUAUAGAACGGGAAUUUUUACGUAACAGUGUCAUUUGCAAGUCUGAAUUCUUCAUGGAGGAGGCCAUACGAAUUGUAAACUUAGGCCUUCUACAAAUGUAUAUGUACAUAUGUAGUACUUAGAUGUCUGUUUACAUCACUGUUUCCUGUACACGUGUAUCGCAAUUCAGUUCACAUCACGUUUUACGUGUAGAAUCGAAUAUAACCAAAAAACAAACAAACAAAAACAACAAAAAUAAAUAAAUAUAAUUUUUUUUUAAUGUACAUCUACAACGUCACAAUACCUGCAACGUCAUCAUUCAGUUACGUCAUAAUUAUGAUCAUGCGUUAGGAACGGUCUGUUGAAGUAUAUAUAUUUAGAUUGACAAUGGCUAGUUCACUUGAGGUGAGUUGUAGAUACAGAGUGAUUGUAAAUUCGAACCCAAGCGAUAUAAUUGCCUGUGUUGUAGACCCAAUGUACAAUAUAUUAAACGGAGUCUAAAAAGUGAAAAAGGAUAGCAUGACUUCAAACCGAUUCUUUGCACUAAGUAAAUAUAAACGACGCUGAAUAUCCGUAAAUUCUGACCAAUACAUGUACAUACUUUUUUGGAUAUUUGUAGAAAUCUAUGGAGUUGCGAGAAUGUUUAAAAAAUGGUAGUUUAACGCUUAGAGACCUCGACAAUAGGCAGAAACGAGGAUCCUCAAAAGGGAGAAGAAGACGAGGAAAAGCGAAGACUAAAAAAGAGGCUGUAGUCGGUGAUGCUCAAACCUUGGUAAAACCCCGAAGAAAUUCGUCGGUGUUAAAUAAUAUAGACAUCGGGCUGAACUCUGGUGAUAAAGACUCAGAAAUGAUUGUACGUGGUAUUAUUGAUGAUGUAUUUGACGGUGCGUACAACCAAUGCGCCGUAAUUGACUACAGCAUUGCCAAAGAAAAGGCAAAUGAAUUGGCCAACGUCUUCCUCAAAACCGAAAGAGCCCGUAUCACACACAGAGAGAACACUGAGCAGAGAGAGAGGACAUUAGAGUUGUUGUACAAAGCCGCAGAGGAAAAUGUAGAUGACGUGAUACUGCGUGCAACAAUGCCCAGUAACCAAAGCAUGCACAGCGUGUCUGGGACAGACCAGAUCCUCGGAGAAAUGAUGGUACAAGAUGAAGAUAGUUAUUUGCCAAAGAGGAGCUGGAAGUGGUUACUAUGUGGUUCCUGUGUGUCAAGGCCAUAUCAGCAAAAGAAAGAGAAAUCAGGAUUUCUUGCACGGCUUCACCGCUUGUUCAGACGUCAAUAAAUGUAUUGCUAGUGUUAUUAUUAUUAUUAAAAGAUUCAAUUAUUUUUCAAAUAAUA